UUAAAGUCGAUAAAACCCUUAUGUUUAUUUUAUAGCUUUUACAAACCAUGUUAAGUUUAUUACUGAGUGUAACACUGUAGUGCUUUAUCUUGCGGUAAUGCACGUAUUUUUUUUUUUUUUCGUGAGUAAAGCACAUCCGCACGUUGAACAGAUAAAUCGCUUCUAAUUUCUCUCCAUAUAUCGUGAACCAGUUUAACGUAGAGAAGAACUUGAUCACUGUAAAUUAGUGACGGAGAAACGAAGCUGAACAAAAUGUUUCCCAAAAGUGUCCAAACAGGCAGGUCUCCAGGUGAAGUGACUGAAAUCUACAAUAUUAUAAAGAGGAUGUUUAUCAAAGAGGAGAGCGAAGAUAUGAAGAUUGAAGAAGCAUUUAGAGUGAAACAUGAAGCGUCUGAGGAACAAACAGACCUAAUGGCACUGAAAGAGGAGAGGGAAGUACUCAGUGAAAUUGACGUGAAAGAUCAAUAUGAGGAUCUUCUUGAUUUCACAACUGGAGAGAAAUCGUUUUGUUGUCCACAGACUGAAAAGUCUUUCACGCGAAAAACAGCUCAAAAGAGAGGGAAAAAGUUUGGACAGAGUUUCAAUCAAAAAGUAAAACCUCAAGCCCAUUUGAGAACUGGAAAGAGGCAUUUCACUUGCCAACAAUGUGGUAUAAGAUUCACUCUAAAAGGAAGCUGGAACAGGCACAUGAGAAUUCACACGGGACAAAAGCCUUACACCUGCCAACAAUGUGGGGACAGUUUUGCUCUACAUAGAAACCUUAAGGUCCAUAUGAGAAUUCACACUGGGGAGAAGCCUUAUUCAUGCCUUCAGUGUGGAAAGAGUUUUAGUAAUCAAGGAAACCUUAAAGUCCAUAUGAGAAUUCAUACUGGAGAAAAGCCUUACAUAUGCCCAAUGUGGAAGAGUUUCACUCAAAAAGUAUGCUUUGAAGCCCACAUUAGAAUUCACACUGGAGAGAAGCCUUUCACCUGCCAACAGUGUGGAAAGAGUUUCAAUCAACAUCGAACCUUGAAAGACCACAUGAGAAUUCACACUGGAGAGAAGCCGUUCACCUGCCAACGGUGUGGAAGAAGUUUCACUCAAAAAGGAACCUUUAACAGGCAUAUGAGAGUUCACACUGGAGAAAAGCCUUACACCUGCCAACACUGCGGAAAGAGUUUCUGUCAACGUGGAACCAUAAAAAACCACAUGAGAAUUCACACUGGAGAGAAGCCUUUCACCUGCCAACAGUGUGGAAAGAGUUUCUGUCAGCAACAAACCUUAGAAAACCACAUGAGAGUUCACACCGGAGAAAAGCCUUUCACCUGCCAACAGUGUGGAAAAAAAUUCUAUCAGCAUCGAUCCUUAAAAGAACACAUGAUACUACACACUGGAGAAAGGCCUUUCUCUUGCCAAGAGUGUGGAAAGAGUUUCUAUCAACAUCGAACCUUAAAAAACCACAUGAAAGUUCACACUGGAGGGAGUACUUUAACCUACCAACAGUGUGGAAAGAGUUUCGAUCAACGUCAAAACUUAAAAGACAUGAGCCUUCACACUGGAGAAAAGACUUUUACCUGCCAACAAUGUGGAAGAAGUUUCAACAGAAAAGGAAACCUUAAUGUCCACAUGAGAAUUCAUACUGGUGAAAAGCCUUACACAUGCCCUCAGUGUGGAAAGUGUUUCACUCAAAAAGUGUGCUUUGAAGCCCACAUAAGAAUACACACUGGAGAGAAGCCUUUCACCUGCCAAAUGUGUGGAGAAAGUUUCAAUCAACAUCGAACUUUAAAAGACCACAUGAGGGUUCAUACCGGAGAAAAACCGUUCACCUGCCAACAGUGUGGAAAGAGUUUCACUCAAAAAGGAACCUUUAACAGGCAUAAGAGAGUUCAUACAGGAGAAAAGCCUUACACCUGCCAACAGUGUGGAAAGAGUUUCAGUCAACGUCGAACCAUAAAAGACCACAUGAGAGUUCACGGAACCGGAGAGAAGCCUUUUACCUGUAAAAAUGGUAUGGAACAUGUUUCAAUCAACAUCGAACCUUGAAAGACCACAUGAGAUUUCACACUGGAGAGAAGCCGUUCACCUGCCAACACUGUGGAAAGAGUUUCCAUCAAUGUCGAACCAUAAAAAAACACAAGAAUUCACACUCGAGAGAAGCCUUUCACCUGCCAACAGUGUGGAAAGAGUUUCUGUCAACUUCAAACUAUAAAAGAACACAUGAUAGGACACACAGGAGAAAGGCUUUUCUCUUGCCAGCAGUGUGGAAAGAGUUUCACUCAAAAAGGAACCUUUAACAGGCAUAAGAGGGUUCACACCAGAGAAAAGCCUUACACCUGCCAACAGUGUGGAAAGAGUUUCUGUCAACGUCGAACCAUAAAAGACCACAUGAGAGUUCACACCGGAGAGAAGCCUUUUACCUG